AUGGCAACCAUUUCUUCUCAGCAAACCCACAUUCCCAAGACCAACAAUGAAAAAGAAGAAAGAGAAGACUAUGAAACAACAUACCAAAAGUACAGUGAGGCACUCCAAACCCUUCCCAAAGAGAGAGGCUGGAUGUCUGAACAUCUAGUCCAGUACCAAGGCUACUGGUUAAGCCCCAAGUCUGCCCUAAAAGGAGUCUUGUUGGUGCAACACCACUUCAAGGCUCGACCUACCGAUAUCUUCCUGUCUGCAAACAUGAAAUGUGGCACCACAUGGCUUCGAACCCUGAUGUUCGCCACCAUGAACCGGUCCCGUUAUGACUUCUCCUCCCAGGCCCACCCUUUGCUUAACACUGGCCCUCAUGGCUGUUUCCCCUUCUUAGAUGCCUCUAUAUAUCAAAACUAUCCCAUAAAUACCAACCUUGAUGCUCUUCCUUCGCCUCGGCUCUUUGCUACUCACAUUCCAUACACUUUGUUACCUCAAAGUGUGACAUCUUCUGGCUGCAAGUUUGUUUACAUAUGGCGUGAUCCGAAAGAUGUGCUUACUUCUCUUUGUCACUUCUCGGAAAGAAUAAAACACAAAGAAGUGACAUCCCUUUCACUAAAAGAAGCAUUUGAGAUGUUCUGUGAGGGGGUCUCACACUAUGGACCCUUUUGGGAUCAUGUGUUGGAGUAUUGGAAAGCAAGCCUUGAAUCGCCUGAAAAGUUUCUGUUCCUUAGGUAUGAGGAUUUGAAGAAAGAACCCUCCAUUUAUCUUAAGAAGUUGGCUGAAUUCAUGGGGCAACCUUUCUCAUUGGAGGAGGAAAGAUAUGGGGUGGUGCAAGAAAUAGUUAAGCUAUGUAGUUUCGAGAAUUUGAGCAAUUUGGAGGUGAAUAAGACUGGUGUGCAAUGGUUCAGCAAUGAACUUGUGGUUGAUAACUGCAAGUUCUUCAGGAAAGGUAAGGUUGGUGAUUGGCAGAAUCAUCUAACAGAUGAAAUGAAAGAGCGACUAGAUCAAAUCACAAAGCAAAAGUUCAAUGGUUCUGGAUUGAACUUUGGUGUCUCCCCAAAAUAG